AUGGCCCGCGUUGAAGAAGAGCCUAUUUUUGGAGAAAAUUAUGACGAGCGACCGUCGAGAGCAGCCACUCCCACUCAUGAAGACAAUAUUCAAAGAAUGCCAGCACAAGUUACCAACCCUCGCGACGCGAAUCUAUGUGAGGUAGAAGGCAGUGAAGAUGAAGCCUAUGCCGUCACCCGGUCACGACAUCAACCGUAUACCUUUGGUCGCCCUAGGAAAUUGGGAUUAAGAAAAGAACCUACCGAGAAAACUGCGAGUCAGCCACGACAAGACGCGCGAUUACAACCGGAAAGACAGGAGGAACGUACACAAACCACACGACCAGUAGAGAUGGAAAUCACAGAGGAAUCCGCAAAAGAAAAACCUAAGAGUGUCACGCCACGAAUCAAGCGACAAAGAGGACCAUCAGUUGUAGACCAAGCGCCCCUAUAUAACGUUGCCGAAGACUUGUUAAACCAACGAGCUAAUGCUACGUACGCUCAGUUACUGCAGAUCCCGAAACAACGACAAAACUUGGCACAAGCAUUGAAACGACCUAUUGUACCACCUGCGGAAGUUGGAUAUGUGGAUAACCAACCUCAACGAAUCUCAGCAGCCAGAUGUAACGUAAAGAUUCGAAAGAUACCAGUCGUAGCAGUAUUAGAUUCUGGAGCCGCAGUGAGCAUUAUGUCAAAGAAGCUACUUACUAAGCUUGGAUUAAGGAUUACGGAACCAUCCAGUGCCGUUGUAGUUACCGCUAACGGAACAAGAGAAAGAACGCUAGGAAAAAUUAGGGAUGUAGCACUAGAAUUAGGAGGAAUCAUUAUACCUACGGAUUUUCAAGUUAUAGAGUCAACCGACGAGAUGAUGCUAUUAGGAAUGAGUUGGUUCAAGAAAUUACGCGCACGAUUACACUUCGACGAGCAGAAGCUGUUCAUCACCUAUGAUGGCGAGAUUAUUGAUUGCGAAGAGGAUGAUUAUUUUGAUAAUUAUGAGAAGGAAGAGUUGGAUGAAGUGGAAAGUUAUCUAACUGACGAUCAAAAGGAUUUAUAUACCAACCCCUGGACUGACGAGUAUAGCCCAGCGGUAUACUUGACGACGAUCGAGGAGAUCCCUACACCCGAAGAAACGGAACGACAAACACCAUCACUGGAGGAUGCAGUAGAAGAGUUAGCGACGACCGAAGUUAUUAGUGGAGAUCAACGGGAUCAAGCUAUUCAAAAUGCCGAAUUACGAGGAAGUGACGAACAAGAAGAGGAUGAAAAACGAAAAUUUAAUUAA